AUGUCGAAAACACCAAGGGAUCCGAUGCGCGACCAUUCAAUGCAGUCCUUUGAGAUGCGCGACACUCCUACCGGAUACCAUUCGCCACUCGAGCAGCCACACAUCUCACGCCCCGACAACCUCGAUAGCACCUACGAUUCAUCAACUCUUUCGCCCCAGUUCAAGAGGAAACCUGUCCCACGGCUUACCUCAUUCGCGUCUUCGGAACCAGGUGACUACGGGCUGGGGGUAGAAAACAGAGCCUCAACUUCGAAACAGAGCCUUCUGCGGAAGGCAAGCGCAGCAUUGCCAGGCAGCCAGUAUCAUUGGAUCCUCGAAAUAUGCGCGGUCAUUUUGAGUAUCCUGACGCUAGCAGCGAUCGCCAUUCUCCUACCCCUCUACAACAACAAGCCCUUAUCGACAUGGUCGUUUCAGUACUCCUUCAACACAGUCGUCUCAAUCCUGGGGGCAACAUCGAGAGCAACACUUGCGUUCGCAGUCAGUGCUUGUAUCAGUCAAGGUAAAUGGAACUGGUUUCGGCGAAGAGAUGACACUAUCAUGGUAUUCGAUCGUUUCGAGGAGGCAAGCAGGGGGCCAUGGGGCGGUGUAAGAUUGCUUUGGUGGUCAAGACUCAGGCACUGGAUGGCACUCGGGGCGUUAUCAACCGUGGUCUUGGUUGGCUUCGAGCCUUUUCUUCAGGCUAUCAUUACCUUCGAGGGCAAAGAAGUAUCAGUAACGGAUCCCAUUUCGAAGGCAACGAUUGGCAAGUCUAGCAAACUGGACAUCGGAUCUUUUUCGGCUAUCACAGGAGCUGCAGAAGGAGUAUAUACUCCCGAUGGAACAUUGAUGCUACUGUCAAUGCGUUCAAAAUACGACUUUGGUGCUCUGGCCUCGAUAUGGUCAGGUUUCUCGACUUUGGGCUCGGUAGAAGCACAAAAACCAUCGUUUAGCUGCUCCUCUGGAAACUGCACUUGGCCACCAUAUGCAUCUUUGGCAGUAUGCAGCGCUUGCAAUGACAUAUCAAAACACAUCAUCAAGUCAGCUGGGAAGACGAAUGUGAGUGGAGAAGCGGUAGACGAUACCCUGACCGUGGUCAACUACGUUGCUUCUUUCUCUCCGAUUGCGGUACCCAGUAUCAACACAACUUACACCAGAUACGACAUCAAGGAGUUGAACAUGAACAUUUCCAAUAUUGACUCGGCGGGUCUGGCCGCUAUACAGGGCAAGAAUCUGGGUUUCACAAGCACAGAGUUGUCAGCCAAAGCCACAUCUCGACCAUCGGAAACGCUCUCCUUCCAGGACUUCAAGACGCUCAUUGUUUCUUUUGCAAUGAUGGAAGCCAACCAGGACUUCCGUGAGAAUGGUCAUCCUUGGGAGGACAGCAGUGUUUCCGCACAAGAAUGCGCAUUAUACUUCUGCACCAACAUUUACCAGUCUGAUAUUGUCCAAGGCGACUUGCGAGAGACCGUUCUCGGAACAUAUACGGAUCGAAAUCUUGAUUCAUUGCUUGCAACAGAUCCUCAAUAUGCAGCCAGCUCAAAAUGGGACAAUGCAAACAGCAGCUACACCCUCUACCACGGCAAAAGGGACAUGAACCGAACCGACCUGCAAAUGUUCAUCUCAAAGGAAAAUUACCAUCGUUCCACGGGUCUGGACAUUGAACAGAAUGUAAAGUUCAACAUCUCUCAGAAUGCCGCCGAGUCUAUCACAGGCUUGUUCAUGAAUGAAUUCGCGCGCCGCGCAAGCCCUCUGGAAACGAAGCAGCUCACCUACCCAGCAGCUGGAAGUACCAGUCAACCUCAUGUGAUAGACAGCUUGGGUACAUCCAAGAACCUCACGACCACUUUUGAGACAGUUGCAGCCAGCAUGUCAAAGUACAUACGCGAUCUCUCGUUGGAAACCGAGCCUAAUGAAGGCGAGACCCAAAAUUGGAUAGUGUUCAUCCGAGUCGAAUGGGGAUUUCUAUCUCUACCGAUCGCGGCACUUCUGGGAGGAUGCUUGUUCUGUCUGCUGUCCAUAGUCGAGACAAAACGACUAGGUCUUCCUGCUUGGAGAGGAAGCUCAUUAGCAGGGUUGGCACAUGGGCUUGAUAAGCAGUCAAGAGAACAGUUGAGAGAAGCGGAUGGGUUGUCGCAGAUGGAUGAGCAUGCCAAACUCUACAAGGUGCGCUUCGUGGACUCUGAUCUGGGCCCGGAGCUGAAGUUGAGUCAUACCCAAGCGCGAUAA